AUGGCCGACCAAACCGGAGAAGCAGCUGCGCAGUCAAUGGCGGCACCAUCAGCUCCGCCGCCUCCCCACCGCCGGCCCAGAGUGAGAGAAGUCAGCUCUCGGUUCAUGUCCCCUCUGAUCCAGCCCAGUCAGCCCCCAUCAGCUCCUCCGCCUCCCCACCGCCGGCCCAGAGUGAGAGAAGUCAGCUCUCGGUUCAUGUCCCCUCUGAUCCAAUCCAAUUCAACCCCAAUCCCUACACCAAGCCGUUCCGAUUUUCCGCGCUCUAAAUCCGUUCACCGUCGCCAACCCUCAAAAACUGACGAGAACCAAAUUCCGGAGCCAAAUCGUAGCUUAGAUAAAUCGUCAGCUUUAGCUGUAUCAACUGUGUUGAGAAAACAGCACCAGCAGCGAGUAAAGCAUAUUAGAGAAAACCCCGAAUCCAAAGAUCAUCAGCAUUCCGAUGUAAAGUUCUUGUCGAGGCCUGACACGCCGAUUGCAAUCGGUACAGAUAGAGUUGUUCCGUCGAGAUAUAGGCAAGUUCCUAACAGUAUUUCCCGGUCAAAUUCUCUGAAUAGUAGCAGUAAUGAAUGCUCCGCUGUUACUGCAGCGGCGAGGCUAUUGCAAGAGGCCACCUCCGAUGUGGAAAAGAAGCUAUCAAGAAUUUCAACGUCCACUCAUGAUGAUUCUGAUUCCUUCAGCGAUGCUUCUUCAGUUCAGGGCAGUUCUUCGUGCCCAAACUCGCCACUUUGUGUUCCAGUUACGAAUGUGCGAAGUGUCCCUGAUGUGCGGUCUUCUACGCCAGAUGUUCAUAAAUGGCUGGCAGAUAAUUAUUCCGACAAUUCUAGAAAGGUUACGGGUGAUUGUGCUCGAUCACUGAAUUUUUCAUCUUCUUUGAAGAUGGGAGGAGGUUUUCCCCGCCCUCCACAUCCUUCUUCGUGUAUAAGGUCCGGACUAGAUGCAAGGAAAGGAAGAAAGGUCUCUAAUCAUCAGGAAGAUGUGCAUUCUCUCAAGAUGUUAAGUAACCAUUAUCUGCAGUGGCGAUUUGCAAAUGCAAAAGCAGAGGCCUCCGUUCAUGCUCAGAAACAGGAAGCUGAGGGAAAACUUUGUUCAAUGGGGUGCAAGAUAUCAGAUAUACGUGAUAAUGUGAAAAAGAAACGCACUGAACUUUUGUUAUUGAAAGGAAUAAAAACUUUUACCACGAUUGUUGAAGCUCAAAUGCCAUAUCUUGAUGAAUGGUCUGCUCUGGAGGAAGACUACUCAAAUUAUCUGACAGGCACAACUAAUGCAUUGCUCAGUUCCUCAGCAAGACUUCCAGUCAGCGGGGAAGUGCGGGUUGAUGCUGGGCAGCUAGGGGAGGCUCUACGUGCAGCUCUCAAAGUGGUGGAGUUGAUAAGUUCUAAUAUUCAGAGAUUUACAGGAAAAGCUGAAGAAAUGGAUAUCUCAAUAUCUGAACUAGCUAGGAUGGUUGGUGGAGAAAGAGCUCUCGUUGAGGAGUGUGGCUAUCUGCUAUCCAAGACAUACUCGUCACAGGCGCAAGAGUGCAGCCUAAGGGGAACACUUAUGCAAUUGCAUUGCAGCAACCCUCGCCAACCCCAGAGGUCUGAAGCUACUUCAUAAAAAUAUCAUAGCCUCUCACGAAGCCAGAAAGUUGAUGGAGCUAAUUUAGCUGUCUCAGAAAAUCACCAAGAAAUUCUUUAUUCUUUUUGCACUUCUUAUACCUUCAUAAAGUGUGUAAAUGUAUUGAAAUUUUCAGCAGAAGUACGAAAGAAUGAUUGUUCGCAUA